GUGUGGGUGUGCAGGUCUGUUGAAAACUCCAAGGUCCAUUUGACUGUGUGUUUGCAGGGCGGUUUGGACCUCUGGCAGUGGAACAUUUCACUGUGUCUGUUUUGGCAGGAGAGUGGAACGUGUGAAAGUGUUCUCUCUGAGGACGGAAAGAUUAUGUUCUGUAUACGGCUGUCUCAGGAUUUAAGGUGUCACUUCCUCAGGUGGAACAUCAAACCUCUGUGGACUCCCUCAUUACAGAGGCUGCUUGGAGACUGAUGGCUUUGCCCUGUCAUCCUGGGGGGACCCUUUUGAGGGGGACACAAGGACCCUUCCAUCCACUCACACGAGGUAAUUACAGACACUGCAGCCGCCACAAACACAGAGACCUGGCCUGUAAGAUCCGCCAAUUGACUGGAGCUGGAAGCCAACUCUGUCAACACUGCCAGACAGAAGAUCAAUACAAGCCUACAAUAGGUAACAAACCAGUCAAAACACACUGAAGCAGAGUCAAGUGAGCCAAGUAUAUAGAUAGAGAUAGUUAAUUCUGACCGCUUUGACCUAUUUUAUCCCAAAGUCUCUCUGACGGCAAGAUAUCCUAUAUUUCGAGUGUCUUCGAAGUCAAGUGAGUGGAAGAGGAGGCAAUGCCAGAAGCCGUGUGUGGAGCCAAGCGACCUGCUCUGAGAGAGAGAGCAAAACAGCGUCGAAGGCUGCCAAAAACCAAUGUGAAAACCGGAGAGAUCGUGUCUGCAGCCGACGCCCGGCGGGGCUGCAUAGAGCAAACAGCCAGUCAUGGGACCGCGAGGACCCUCGCCAGCUGGCUCAGGGUAAAACAUCUUUGAUGUUACGCACCGGGGAGAUGUCCAGAGCUAAUGAGGAGUAGCAUACACACGUAAACUGGAGAACGUAAAUCAAACAUGCUUAUUGUUAUGAUACAUUUUAAGCAUGGUCUUACUUUCUUUCCUUUAAACCAUACUUUUGUAGGCUAUGUCACAACAACAAAAAAGUGUGUGGGCACUGGAAAUUGAAUAACGGUCGACAACAAAGUAAAUGGGUCGUCUCACCACCGGUCUGCAGGUGUUAAGGUGUUAAACCGAUGGCGUUAGGACCACGGGGACGCAAAAGGAGACGUGCAUAAAAGAGUACCACUCUCCAAGAAAGAGACAGAAGAAAUGUAGAACUUUGACCUGCACGCAGUGAGCGGCGUCGAUCUCCUGAUGCUCAAAGGUGUAGCUAUGCGAAAACCUGAGGUGUAGAAUUCUGAAUAUCUCGACUUCGAAUUCCGGUCUGAUCACACGAAGUGCAACAUGGGCAAGAGAAUCAACUAAUAAAUCACUGAAAUCCUUUUAGACAGUCGGACUCAGUAUGAGUAUUUGGAGCAGACCCAGACCUAGCCGUCGGCAGAUGUUAUGUCUCUGGUUGCUGCUUCUUGCCCUUGCACUUGCUGUCCUGGGACUCACUGACCUCGUAUUUCAAGAGGACAUUCAAAAAACGUUGAAGUUGCCCCGCCGUCCCAUGCAAAGUCUUUCGGUAGGUCCUCCGGAUUUGGAGGUAAUUGUGGACUCUCGGGACCGGGCACGACACCAACAUAUUGUUGGUCUCUCCCCUCUCAACUCUCUACAAGAAGACCAGCUUCUUAUGGUAGUGUCAACCCAAAGAGAAAACUCGGCUUUAUUGCCGAGGAAAGAAAAUUACAGGGUGGUUCUUCCGGGCUCAAAGAAAGAUUCUCCGGGCACUGUAUUGCCAUCGCCUGGGGACAUGGAGAAACCAGUGGAGAUACAGUUCGGUAGUCUCGAGAAAGAAAUGGAACGGUCCGCUCUGCAGAAAUACGGCUUCAAUGAGGUGGUUAGCGAGCGCAUCCCACUGCACCGCCAUCUGCCAGAGAUGCGCAACCCUGCGUGUCUUACUGAGCGCUACAGUGAUUCUCUGCCAACUGCAAGCGUGGUCAUCUGUUUCCAUGACGAGGCUUGGUCCACGCUGUUGCGCACUGUGCACAGCGUGCUUGACACUGCGUCGAAGAAACACCUGCGCGAGGUUCUGUUGGUGGAUGACUUUAGUCAGCAAGGUUACCUGAAGAGCGUGCUCAGUGAGUAUGUGUCCCACCUGGAAAGUGUGCGCUUGAUUCGCAGCAUGCGGCGCCUCGGUGUGGCGGGAUGCCGAACUUUAGGUGCCGCUAGGGCUUUGGGGGAGGUACUGGUCUUCAUGGACUCCCACUGCGAGUGUAGCAGAGGCUGGCUGGAGCCACUGUUGGAAAGACUGGCAGAAGACAGGACUCGAGUUGUAUCCCCAAUCAUGGAUGUAAUAAACUGGCAGACCUUUGAAUACAACGCCACCCAGUGGCCAGUGAGGGGAGUGUUUGACUGGAAACUGGACUUCCACUGGGAGCACAACAGAAAACCAGAAAGAGGACAGCAGGACUCAGCCGAGGAGUCACCUAUCCAGCCUGUCAGGAGUCCUGUGCUUGGGGGCGGAGUCCUGACUAUUGACAGACACUUUUUCCAGAGUGUGGAAGGCUAUGACCCGGGCAUGCUGCUGUGGGGGGCAGAACAAAUUGAACUGUCAAUAAGGGUGUGGUCAUGUGGGGGGUCCAUGGAGGUGGUUCCGUGUUCCCGUGUGGCCCACCUGGAGCGCCAUCACCUGCCCUACCCAUUCCCUGACCAGGACAUCCUCCAGAGAAACAAAGUCCGCAUCGCUGACACCUGGCUGGACGCGUACAGGAAGAUCUACUACAAGAGAGACACUCUGGCACACUUCAUCAGGCAGUCUGAGAGUCCUAACAUCACAGAGCGUGUGAGACUGAAAAAGAGACUGGGCUGUCAGAACUUCCACUGGUUCCUGAGUAACGUCUUCCCAGAGCUAUAUGUACCCCAGGAUAGACCUGGACUUUCAGGAGAGCUGUACAAUGUGGGUACUGGCUAUUGUGCAGAUUACCCUCAAAGGCAGGGUCCACAAGGUGGCACUAUGGGCAUAGCACCUUGCAGUGGCAAUGGCAACCAGCACUGCGAGCUUAACCCUGUGGGUGAGGUGCGUUGGGGUCCUGCAGGGGCUCUGUGUUUCAACACCCUGAGACAGUGGGUGAUCCUCACCCCAUGCCCUGCCCACAAGCUGUCUAUCAAACCACAGUGGAAGAUGAUCAAGCUGAGUGGGCAGUUGGUUCACCUGCCCACACAGCUCUGUCUUCAGGCAGUGAAGGAGGGAGGGGUUUCACAGGGUACCCUGGCCGAGAAUGGCCUGUUUCUUCGCCCAUGCGCCCAUCACCCACGACAACAAUGGCACUUUGAACAACUGGUAGCCCCAAAAGCUGCCUGAGCCUCGGAUAGGGAUUCUAGUGGCAUUAGAAAACUGUUGGAUACAUUUCUAGUCAAACAUAGAAGUUAAUAGGACCAAUAUUAUGAAAUGUAGUGAAGCAAAAUGUGAUAAAUAAAUGUUGUGGCUCUUGUGACAUGCAGUAAUAUAAGUUGUUUUUGUUAUCAUUUCUCAUCACCUGUAGUUUAUAUGUUGUAUAUUAUAUGCUAUU